AUGGCCUGGUGGACAACAACAGCCCCGAGCACGUCGGGCUCAGACCCAAAGACAGCAUCCUCUCCCUCAUCCACACCAAUACCCACACCCACACCCAGCAGCUCCCCACAAGCACAACCACAAGCACAACCAGACCAAAAACCGCCCAACCUCUACCUCGAGAACAACCCAGCGCGCACCGGCUUCGACCCCAAGACGCAGUGGUGGGUGAACUACUUCAAGAUCCUGACAGGGCAGGUGACGAACGAGGGCAUCUUCCACUACCGCGAGCACCGCUACCGCGCCAACGAGGCCCGCGACGUGGCCCGGUGCGAGCAGUACCGCGACUGGCUGUUCGCCUACUCGCCCACGGUGCGCUUCCUCAACGACAAGAUCGCCGAGCUCAACCACGGGCAGGGGAUGACCCCGGCCAACGUCCUGUGCCGCCGCUGCCCGGCCCGCCUGACCGCGGGCCUGCAGGUCGAGCGCCAGAGCGGCGGGUUCGAGCCCGCGCACGGCAUCCUCGUCUGCGCCAACGAGGUGCGCAACCGCGGACACCUCGAGGACACGCUCGCGCACGAGAUGGUCCACGCCUAUGACCAGUUGAGGUUUGAGGUCGACUUCCGCGGGGAGAGGGACCUGCGGCAGGCGGCUUGUACGGAGAUACGAGCCUCGAUGCUGAGCGGCGAGUGCAGGUGGACGCGGGAAGUCCUGACGCGAGGCAACUACACCCUCACAGAGCAGUUCCAGAACUGCGUGCGGCGACGGGCGGUGCAGUCGAUGAUAGCGCGGCCGUGGGUCAAGGACGACGUGCAGGCCGUCAAGGUCGUCAACGAGGUCUGGGACUCGUGCUUCUCCGACACGCGGCCCUUUGACGAGGUGUAUAGAUGA